UUCACUGGUCGGAGGCGGGCCCAAGAGCUAGAUCCCGCCUUUUGUCCACGUCUCACUUCUCCGGGCCAAUGCUGUCUCCUAUCCUCGGAGCCCGUCCCUCUCCGAUCCGGUCCCCAUUGGUCCUGGGGCUCUACGUCUGGAGCCCUACCCGGAAGUAGCGCCGGGGGAGGUGGUUUCCUAGACUACGACACCGGAAAGCUGGGGGAGGCGCUCAGGCUGCCGAGGGCGGAGGCCGGUGGCAGCGGUGGCAGCGCUGGCGCUGGAGACCGGCCCGGUGGCUUCGCGAAACAGCUCGGCGACGGCGGCCGCUCGCUUGACUCCGCAUCCCGCCCUCGGCACGGCUCGCAGCCCCCUCGCCACGCGCGUCCGGCAAUGUGUCCCACGGCCCGGGCGUAGCCGCUGCGCGUGCGCGGAACCGCGGGGCCAUGAGCGAAGCCGGAGGCGGCCGGGGCUGUGGGUCCCCGGCCCCCCAGCGAGCGCCCUGGAGCCUGGUGGCGACGGCGGCCGCGCUCUGCCUGGUGACGGCCACGUCCGUGUGGACGGCGGGGGCCGCGCCCAUGACUAGGGAGGAGAAACAGAGGCUCGGGAAUCAAGUACUGGAAAUGUUUGAUCAUGCUUAUGGCAACUAUAUGGAUCAUGCUUACCCAGCUGAUGAACUCAUGCCUUUAACCUGCAGAGGUCGAAUUAGAGGCGAGGAGCCAAGUCGGGGUGAUGUUGACGAUGCCUUGGGAAAAUUUUCCCUGACACUGAUUGAUUCUUUGGACACUCUUGUGGUAUUAAAUAAAACUAAAGAAUUUGAAGAUGCAGUGAAAAAAGUUUUAAGAGAUGUUAAUUUAGAUAAUGAUGUAGUUGUAUCAGUCUUUGAAACAAACAUCAGAGUUCUUGGGGGUCUUCUGGGUGGACACUCAUUGGCAAUCAUGCUGAAAGAAAAGGGCGAGUACAUGCAAUGGUACAAUGAUGAACUUCUGCAAAUGGCAAAGCAAUUGGGUUACAAGCUUUUACCAGCUUUUAAUACUACCAGUGGCCUUCCUUAUCCAAGAAUUAAUUUAAAGUUUGGUAUCAGAAAACCAGAAGCUCGGACAGGAACUGAGACCGAUACCUGUACAGCAUGUGCAGGUACCUUGAUCCUUGAGUUUGCUGCUUUAAGUCGAUUCACAGGAGCAACAAUAUUUGAGGAAUAUGCAAGAAAAGCUCUUGAUUUUCUCUGGGAAAAAAGACAGCGAAGUAGUAAUUUAGUAGGUGUGACCAUAAACAUCCAUACAGGAGAUUGGGUGCGAAAAGAUAGUGGAGUUGGAGCUGGCAUUGAUUCCUAUUAUGAAUAUCUGUUGAAAGCUUAUGUCUUGCUUGGAGAUGACAGUUUUCUGGAAAGAUUUAAUACACACUAUGAUGCCAUCAUGCGGUACAUCAGCCAGCCCCCUCUGCUACUCGAUGUGCAUAUCCAUAAGCCAAUGCUGAAUGCUCGGACUUGGAUGGAUGCUUUGCUUGCCUUUUUUCCAGGUCUGCAGGUCUUAAAAGGAGAUAUUAGACCUGCUAUUGAAACUCAUGAAAUGUUAUAUCAAGUGAUUAAAAAACACAAUUUUCUACCAGAGGCAUUUACCACAGAUUUUAGGGUACAUUGGGCUCAACAUCCUUUAAGACCGGAAUUUGCAGAAAGUACCUACUUCUUGUAUAAAGCUACAGGAGACCCUUACUACCUUGAAGUAGGGAAAACACUUAUUGAAAACUUAAAUAAAUAUGCUCGAGUGCCUUGCGGAUUCGCUGCCAUGAAGGAUGUUCGCACUGGAAGUCACGAGGACAGAAUGGAUUCUUUCUUCUUGGCUGAAAUGUUUAAAUAUCUUUACCUGUUAUUUGCGGAUAAAGAAGAUAUUAUUUUUGACAUAGAAGAUUACAUAUUCACAACAGAAGCUCAUCUGUUACCUCUCUGGCUCUCUACUACAAAUCAAAGCAUCUCUAAGAAGAGCACAACUUCAGAAUAUAUAGAACUGGAUGACAGUAAUUUUGAUUGGACUUGUCCAAAUACUCAGAUUCUCUUCCCUAAUGAUCCAUUGUAUGCUCAGAGCAUUCGUGAACCCUUGAAAAAUGUGGUGGAUAAGAGCUGUCCUAGAGGCGUCAUCAGAGUCAGAGAGGAGAGUUUCAGGAGUGGAGCUAAACCCCCGCUGAGAGCCAGAGAUUUCAUGGCCACUAACCCUGAGCAUUUAGAAAUCUUGAAGAAGAUGGGGGUGAGUUUGAUUCACCUCAAAGAUGGGAGAGUCCAGUUGGUUCAACAUGCAAUCCAAGCUGCUAGUUCAAUUGAUGCUGAAGAUGGGUUGAGGUUUAUGCAGGAGAUGAUUGAAUUGUCAAGUCAGCAACAGAAAGAACAGCAGCUACCGCCCCGAGCUGUACAAAUUGUUUCCCACCCAUUUUUUGGCAGGGUAGUAUUGACUGCCGGACCAGCUCAGUUUGGGCUAGAUCUGUCUAAACAUAAAGAGACAAGAGGAUUUGUUGCAAGCAGUAAACCAUACAAUGGUUGUUCAGAGCUUACUAACCCCGAGGCAGUGAUGGGAAAAAUUGCUUUGCUACAAAGAGGACAGUGCAUGUUUGCAGAAAAGGCACGCAACAUCCAGAAUGCUGGAGCCAUCGGUGGCAUUGUCAUUGAUGACAAUGAGGGAAGCAGCAGUGAUACUGCCCCUCUGUUCCAGAUGGCAGGUGACGGAAAGGACACAGAUGACAUCAAGAUCCCCAUGCUGUUCCUAUUCAGUAAAGAAGGAAGUAUCAUAUUGGAUGCUAUCCGGGAAUACGAGGAGGUGGAAGUGCUCCUUUCUGACAAAGCAAAAGACCGAGAUCCUGAAACGGAAAGUGAGCCUCAGAGUGCUGAUCAGACCACAGCAGGCUCUCAGGAGGUGGAUGGAGAGUCUCCGGAGGACAGCUCUCUGAACUCUCACUCGGAAUCAUCAACUACGGACGAUGCCGCUGCAAGCGCUUCUCCCUCCCAGCAGAAAAUUGGGCUUGCAGGCUUUGAGACUGAGUGUACAUAUUUCGAUGAAGAUGAAGACCAGUCAGAAACUGAGGAAGAUUCCAAUCCCAACGUCAGCUGGGAUCAAGACGACCAGCCCCUACAUCCCAUAGUAGCAGACUGGAAUGAAGAUAUGAAAGCAAUUAAAAUGCUGAAGAAGGCAUUGAUGAAGAAGAAAAUAGUGAUUAAGAAGGGCGAACUAUGACUCACUGAAGAAUCCGGUGGUAGGUAUUUAACAAGAGUAGGUAAACUGUGGUUAAUGGACACCCUCAUACUAAGCAGGCUCUCCAGCGGGAGGCUUUAGUAUGUGACGAGAAACCGCGUUCUGACUGGGAUAGUUGGUUAUCAUAGGAGCCUGGAGCUUGCUAUGUUAGAAUUGACCUUGUUUCAAACUGUCCCCUGAGAAAUGGAAACUCAGUCCCCUCGCUGGCAGCACCGCACCACCCUGGGCCAGGAGAAGACUACUGGAUGCGCCUCGGAUCCAGGUUUCUGCAGGCCCUGGACAAACGAGAAACAAAUCUGGUUAGUAGUGGGGUGUGGAGUAGGAAUUUGUAUUGCUUCCUAAUUAAAGGAAGCUUGACAUUCUAGGUCUGGGGGUUAGAGUGUCUUUCGGGAAACACCAAGCGUAUUGUGGGCAUUCUGGUUGUGCUGCCUUCACAGAAAAACUCAGUGGUUAUGAAGCAAAUGUGUUCACGGUGAGGACAGUCUUGCUCAUCACUUUCACUUGCUUCAUUGUGUAACAUGAUCAAAAUGACUUGAUUUCCCCCCUUAACAAUGUCCUUUUCAUUUAAACCAAAGGUGAAGCCAGUGUACUUUCUCAGUGAGUUCUCUGCAUAAGGACUAAACAUUGGGACCAGGUAAAAAGGUCAUCUACUCUAUUGUGGAAAUUGGUUAUGUUAUACUUUUGAAAAAUGGAGCAAGGGAGAAACUAUACUGUUGCAAUAUGAGCUUGCCAUUGGGCCUUCCAUAGGGAAAGCUGUGACUACUCUGAAGUGGAACUUAGUGCUAGAUCCUUACAGGGUAAGUGAUAAACCUUUUCCAGUUCAUUUCUCUCAGAGGUGAUCCCUCUAGUCCUCAGCCUUACUCCAUCCCAGGUUUAGUAGCAUUUUGAGCCACAAGGCCCAGGUGACUGAUAGCUUAAUACAUUGUUCCAUUUCUCUGUCUGAGAAGCCAUGGUCAUGCUGUGGUAACUAUGGUUUCUAAAGUUGUACCUAAGGAGCCUGUCACAUUUUCUGUUGAAUCAUGGUUUUUAAAUUUGCUUUUUCUUUUUAAAACAAAUAUUCCUUCUGAUAUGGACUUGAAAAUUAGCGUAUGGUAACCUGUGUAGAAAACUUACACAGUACCAACUAACAUGCAGCCAUAUAGCUUAAUUUUUUUUUUUU